UAUACAUAGGUAUUGUUAUUUUAGGUACAAAUUAGUUAAUUUAUUUAUAUAUCUGGCAACUAUGUGUAUUAUUUUAAUAUAUAACUGGAAAGAAACCGUUAUUUUUAAGCGGUAUGCUUUAUGUUAAAAUUUAAGCUUUUGGAAUAACGUGCUAUUUGACAAGUGUUAAUUUAAAAUGGCAAAUUUAAAUUUAAUAAAGCUAUACGAUUUAUUUGAUUGCAAGAUCGACGGUCCGCUCAAUGAGAGGACUCUACAAUCCUUACAGGAAUGGGGACUGAUACCGCGGGAGGGAACAUAUUUGUGUCCCGAAGGACAUCCGUUGAAACUUAAACAAUGUGCACAAAGUGUUGACGGUUAUGUUUGGAGGUGUACUACAGCGAUUAAGGGAAAGAAGAAAAAUGUUAGAUGCGAUGUCUACAUUUCUUUGAGGAAAGACACUUUUUUCGCGAAAUCGAGGCUUUCUAUUUUUAAAAUAGUAGCUUUCGCUUAUUUGUGGGUCAAGAACCUUACGUUGGAUGUCAUUAUGGAAGAGCUCAGCAUAUCCAAUCAUACGGCUAGUGAUUGGAGUAGUUUUUGUCGCGAGGUUGUGUAUGAUGGGAUGGUUGUUAAUAAAAACAAAAUUGGAGGUCUGGGAAAAGUUGUCGAAAUCGAUGAGAGUAAGUUUGGGCGACGAAAGUACCACCGUGGGCAUCGUGUGGAAGGACAAUGGGUCUUUGGUGGAGUAGAGAGGGAAACCAAUCGAUGCUUUUUGGUCCCUGUGGAGAAGAGGGACAAGGAAACUUUGUUGAAAAUUAUAAAGGACUGGAUUUUGCCCGGUACAAUAGUUGUGUCCGACUUUUGGAAAGCAUAUGAUUGCUUAAGUGAGGAGGGGUAUAUUCACUUUCGAGUCAACCAUUCCAUCGAUUUUAAAGACCCAGAUACGGAGCAACACACUAAUACGAUAGAAGGGUUGUGGCGUCACGUGAAAUGCUCGAUGCCCCAAUAUCAUCGGAAAAAACUAUUUUUUAACGGGUAUUUAGCUAAGUUUAUGUUUAACCGCAAUUGUAAAAAUUGUGAUACGGAUCGUUUAAGCACCUUUUUAAAAAUGGCAGGGAGAUUAUACAAUCCGUGUAGUAUUAAACCUGUUGAAGAGGAAGAACAGGAAGAAUAUGAAAUAGAAAUUUCUUUGUAAAUAGACUAAUGUGUGUUUUACUAUUCAAAUAUUUUAAUUUUUUUAGCAUCACUGAGAAUUCUAUUUUGUGAGGGUUAUAAUCUCAAGUGCGGGCGACGCCGCCUACGCUGAAGGGUGUUCUCUGCAAAAGAUGUUCAGUGCCUUUUCUUCGCAACACAGAAAGAGAAUUC